AUGUGGUUGGGUAUAUUAGUACUUCUAUUCGUGGCCCAGAAAGUACACCAAUUCGGAUAUGAACCGUAUGAAAAUGAAUUUCCCCCUCGCGUCAAGUAUGGCCAUGUAAUCGGGAUAGAUUUUGGAAGAGAAUACGUGCGUGUUGGUAUCGCCAGAGGACAUAAAUUUGAGCCGAUUCCCGACGAGCAAGGUCGUACCGCCAUUCCGAACUAUGUCGCUUUUCCAAAAGCCGAGAAGAAUGUUGGACCUCCCAUUGCUGGUUUCGAGUCAAAAGAGCAAGCUGAGAGUAAUCCCAUGAAUACUUUCUAUGAUCUCAGACGGCUUCUGAGUCGUAAUGGCUCUGAUCCCGAGGUGCAAAGAGCUAUCAAAGAGCUCCCAUAUAAAAUCCUUGAUGACUUUGAACCAGUAAUGGUCCGAGUUGGCGUUAAGAAUGACUACAUAGCGUAUGGUUUGGACGAAUUAACAGCCAUGAUCUUGAAGAAGUUGAAAGAUAUGGCGGAACGAUAUUUGAAUAGCACGCUUGAAAAUGCUGUUAUAACUGUUCCGUACGAGUUCAAUAUACAGCAACGCAAUGUUUUGAUCGAGGCUGCGUGGCAGGCAGGUCUGAAUGUGGUGAGGUUGGUGGAUGAGCCGACUGCGAUUGCGACGGCGUAUCAUCUUGGGUCUACUUAUUGUGAUGGGAAAGGAGAGAAGGUGGAUUGUAGGUACAUUAUCUACGAGGAUGAUGGUAGGGACGCACAUUUGAGUCUGUAUGAGGCUGGAAGCGACGGGGGUGGGGUCUUAGGUACCAUUGUUGACGAUCAGGAGAAACAUCUGAAAAGCUCCCGAUGGACAUCACUACUCGACCAGUUUUCUCUUACGAGAACAGAACCACCGACAAUCGAAUCGCAGGAGAAACGGAUCUUCGAACUUGUUGAUCGACUUCUCUUCGUCUCGCACAAAGCAAAGGAAGACGUCGAUGGACUCAUCGUCAUCACCAGCGUUGAAGAACAUACUUCUUCCGUCCAACAACUUCUAGAACGACAAUACCCCACAUCGAAAUCCAUCAAACCCAAUGCUGAUUUCACACCCGACCAAGCACUCGUCUACGGCGCAUCCAUGUUGGCGAAUGACAUUUCGGGCCCAGAUGGAGAGCCCCAAGUCAUGGAUAAGCUGCUCCUUAGUCUUGGUGUGGAGACCAAGAAUGGCUCAUUCCAUCGAAUCAUUCAGCGGGAUUCUGUGACGCCUUUGAAGAAAAGUGUUACUCUGUACCUGGAUUCAUAUUUCCAGAGUAGCGUAUAUCUUCCUCUCUACGAAGGCGAGCGUGAGCUAGCAAAGAAGAAUCAUCGAUUGUGGAAUAUGCGGAUUGACCUUUUCUAUUUCGCCUAUGAGAUGCGGGAUAUGCAGGAGAUAUGGAAUCAGGAGGAAGAUGAUUAUGGAGGUAAGGUAAAAAUCCAGCUCGAUUUUGAGUUCGAUGCAAAUGAAGUCUUGACGGUGUAUGGAAGCAAAGGGCGGGACCGUCUUCGUGUUUUCAAAGGACCUAUAAUUGGGAAACAGUGGAGGUGGAGAGAGGUAGAGGAUAUAGUGAAGGAGGCAGACGAGGCGAGGGAAGAAGAUUUCAGGGUUUUGAGGGAGGGGACACUUGUCGGUGAAGGUCAGGUUGAGGUUAAGGACGGUAGUAGCUAA